AUGGCCCCACCCGGUGUUGAGCAGCGCAAUGAGAUCUUGACGGAGGGUUCCAUUUCCCUUGAGAACGAAAAGCUAUCAGAUCCAUCGAGUGAGACAUCUGAACAGCUGCUGGAGACGCAGCUGAAGGAGAAAGCUCGAUCGGAGAAAGCAGAGGCGAUCCGCCAAGCAUGCCGCUCUCGCGACACCGAGGCAUUAAUAUCUCACGCUGUAAGCGAAGGUGGACUUUUGGAGGAUGAAUUCCGACAAGAAGCAUGGCCUAUUCUUUUGCAAUGUGACAAAGGUAUACAAAAUGAUGACCUGAAGUCGUCAGAUGAACUCCCACCACAUACCGAUGAGGAACAGGUUCAAUUGGAUGUUAACCGGUCAUUUGUCUACUAUCCAAAUAAUCUUCCUGCAGAAGAUAUGGCAGAAAAGAAGGCACAGUUAUCAGCUUUGAUCACCAAAGUCCUUCGGAAUUACCCCAUGCUAUGUUAUUUCCAGGGGUACCAUGAUAUCGUGCAGGUGUUUUUCUUGGUUCUAGGGAAUCAGCAAGCAGCAUCAGUUAUGGCCCACAUAUCUCUUUUUCGUAUUAGAGAUUACAUGCUCCGAACACUGUCGCCGGCUAUCAAACAUCUGCAGCUCAUACCUGCAAUCAUUGAAACUGCCGAUCCCGCUUUGAGACAACACCUCUCUCACAUUCAACCUUUCUUUGCCCUUGCCGCCACACUCACCCUUUACGCGCAUGAUAUCCAAGAAUAUAGCGAUAUUGCCCGCCUAUACGACUUUUUGUUAGCAAGAGAGCCAGUAGUCUCGAUCUACUUGUUCGCUGCAAUCAUCUUGUCCCGAAAGAAAGAAAUCUUGGAUAUUCCUCUGGAUGAGCCAGAGAUGCUCCAUUUCACCCUUUCCAAGCUUCCACAGCCACUGGAUCUAGAUAGUCACAUUUUGCGUGCGGAGCGGCUCUUCGAUGAACAUCCUCCUGAGUCUUUGCCACACGGAACAUGGAGAAGCAUCUCGAGAUACAGUGUGCUCAAGACUUCAAGGGUCUCUUCCCCAAACUAUACCGUCGAAGAGGCGGUGAAGCUGUUUGAGAAACAAAAUCGGCAGCUUCGUAAUGAGGAGCUCCGAAAGCAAGCCAUAGAUUUCACAUGGAAGCAUCGGCGGGCGGUUGGAUCUGUCGCAUUGGCUGUUUUGGUCGGUGCAGCAUCAAUCUAUAUCCGCAGGAAGGGACUGGAUACUUCAAUAUGGUCCUACAUUAGUCGAGUCCAGGCUUUUUUUGACUGA